AUGGCUGACUGGAAAAGAGAAAAAGCCCACGCUUAUAUUUUCGUUUAUAUAUCAUCGAUUGCCCCUGGAUACCUAAUACGAAAAAAACUGAUCGGCAGAAACAACAACAACAGUUUUCAUUGCUCCUCCUCAGCGCCUUCCACCAGUGACAACCUCCGACCAACGAUCCUUCACAGGCGACAGCAGAUAAAAGAACUAGAGUUAGUUGGAAGUCAGAGACCGUGGACAAAACAUUUUUUGGAAGCUUGUAUACACGAAUUAACAAGUAAUGGAAGGGAGGAUAGUGGCCUAAAAACAAGCUCAUGGACUGUAGUCACGGAGAAAUUGAAAAAAUAUCAUAAUUUUGUUGUCGACAAAAAACAAAUGAAAAACCAAUACAACUAUUUGAAAGCAAAGUAUGCAGUGUGGUUAAAACUUAAAAAUAAAACCGGAAAUCUUUACAAUCCCGUAACGGAUUCUUUUAACAUGACUAAUGAAGAAUGGGAAGCGGAAGCAAAGUUGAACAAGUAUGUAGAUAAGCUGAGAAAUGCACCCCUCUCUUGCCCUGAUCUUUGUAUCCAACUGUUUGAUGGGGCAACCUCGACCGGUGUUCAUAGUUGGGGUUCAUCUUCGACACUACCUCAUCCCAAUGAAGACUUUACUACACAUGAUUUUGAGGAUAUAGAGAUGGAAGAGCAAGCACCUCAUGCAGAUACCCCAAACUCAACAGUUCCCCAACCUACUAGUGCUUCACCUGCACGUGAAGAAUCAUCUGGGCGGACUAAAAAUAAGGGGGGCAAACGAAAUGGUCCUAAGGAAACAACACUUGAUGAUGAGUUGAAAGAAGUUGGCAGAGAAAUUGUCAAGGCUGCACAGGCAUUCACGCAAGCAAAUAAUCUUGACAAGGAGAUGGAUGAUUGUAUGACGAAGUUGGCAAGCUUGGAGUGGGGAGAAUUUGAUCCGAAAUACACCACAUCUCUUAUGUUAUUUGCUGAAAGUGCGGGUAAUAGGAAAAUUUGGUUGCGACUUAACUCUUCGACUUGUGAGUCGUGGGUGACAUGGAUAACCAAUAUGACUUUUUAUAUUUCCUGA